GGUUAAGCCCUUCCUAUUUUGUGCAGCUGUCUUGAGCUCUGUAUCUCUAGGCAUCUGCUGCCUGGCUUCGGCUCUUUCCUUUCCUUGGUUUGCUCUGGUAUGUCUCCAGCAGUUCUAUGGUGGGUGGGCAGCCGCCGCCCACUAUCUCCAGCCAUCUCUGGGUUCUGCUGUGUCUUUGGGCCGCUCUGCUGAAAGUUCAUUCCUAGUUUUUGGCUGGUGUAGAUGUGAGGGAUUUGGGAUGCUAGAGGCUGGGACAGGUAUCUGGGAAAGGACCAGCAGCACAGAGAGAAUUGCCUGUCUUUUUUUUCAGGAUGGGUGGGGCCGCCUGGGCUCUGCCUGCAGGGAAGAUGCCUGCUGACCAUUUGUUAAUGGAUAUUUCCGAGCAGGGAGGUGGCUGUACAUCCCUAGCAGGAGCACUUUGAAAGCAUCAGAAAGCGUCAGGCUCGCACACAGACUCCUUAGGGGAAAAAGAGCAGCAGAAAGAGGAUCUAGCAAAUUAGUCGAUUUCAGGGCUGGUUCCUCCUGCAGACAUCUUAGCACAGUGACUUUUGAAACUGAAAUCGGAGGGAAGAGAGACUUUUUGGGAGGGUUGUGGAGUGGGGGUGGGGAGGCAGAAAAAGAGGUUCAAACCAUGAUGGUUGUAUGGAGAGCUUCACAAACUGCCUCAAGCCUGUGUCACAGUCGGCUCCGGCUUUAGCUGUCAGAAGAAUAGGAGGGCAAUGCAAGCAAGCUGGUGAAGGCCUUCCUCCUCUCCGCCAUGGUCAGCAGCAGCACCAAGUAUGAAGUGGCUGCCCAGCAUGAGGCAGAUGCCCCUGCUCUGGGCGAUGGAGCCAGCCCAGUGUCCGAGCAGGGCCAGCUGAAGAAGGAGAUCUCGGAGCAGGUCCAGCUGAAGAAGGAGAUCUCGCUGAUUAACGGCGUGUGCCUGAUCGUGGGGAACAUGAUUGGCUCCGGCAUCUUUGUCUCCCCCAAGGGUGUACUCAUGUACAGCGCCUCUUUCGGCCUCUCACUGGUCAUCUGGGCUGUUGGGGGCAUCUUCUCUGUCUUUGGGGCCCUUUGUUAUGCUGAACUGGGUACCACCAUUAAGAAAUCGGGAGCCAGCUACGCUUAUAUCCUGGAGGCCUUCGGGGGCUUUCUUGCCUUCAUCCGCCUCUGGACUUCUCUGCUCAUCAUUGAACCCACCAGCCAGGCCGUCAUCGCCAUCACCUUUGCCAACUACAUGGUACAGCCUUUCUUCCCAAGCUGUGGCGCCCCCUAUGCUGCUGGCCGCCUUCUGGCCGCCGCCUGCAUAUGUCUCUUAACCUUCGUCAACUGUGCCUAUGUCAAGUGGGGGACCAUGGUCCAGGAUAUUUUCACCUAUGCUAAAGUGCUGGCGCUGAUCGCCGUCAUCAUUGCGGGCAUUGUUACACUGGGCCAGGGAGCCACAACUAACUUUGAGAGCUCCUUUGAGGGCUCCUCUUCUGCAAUGGGUGACAUUGCCCUGGCACUAUACUCAGCUUUGUUCUCCUACUCUGGCUGGGACACCCUUAACUAUGUCACCGAAGAGAUCAAGAAUCCGGAGAGGAACUUGCCCCUCUCCAUUGGCAUUUCCAUGCCCAUUGUCACCAUCAUCUACCUCUUGACCAAUGUGGCCUACUACAGUGUGCUAGACAUAAAGGACAUCUUGGCCAGUGAAGCUGUUGCUGUGACCUUCGCAGACCGGAUUUUUGGAGUAUUCAACUGGACAAUUCCACUAGCAGUUGCAUUAUCCUGCUUUGGUGGCCUCAAUGCUUCCAUUGUGGCUGCUUCUCGGCUUUUAUUUGUGGGCUCAAGAGAAGGCCACCUUCCUGAUGCCAUCUGUAUGAUUCAUGUUGAACGCUUCACGCCAGUGCCUUCUCUACUCUUCAAUGGCAUCUUGGCACUGGUCUACCUGUGUGUGGAGGACAUUUUCCAGCUCAUUAACUACUAUAGCUUCAGCUACUGGUUCUUUGUGGGGCUUUCUAUUGUGGGUCAACUUUAUCUACGGUGGAAGGAACCCGACCGGCCUCGCCCUCUCAAGCUCAGCAUUUUCUUCCCCAUUGUCUUCUGCCUCUGUACCAUCUUCCUGGUGGCUGUUCCGCUUUACAGUGACACUGUCAACUCCAUCAUCGGCAUUGGCAUAGCGCUCUCAGGCUUACCCUUCUACUUCUUCAUCAUCAGAGUGCCAGAGCACAAACGACCUCAUUGCCUUCGAAAGUUUGUAGCCUCCACCACACGGUACCUCCAGAUCCUCUGUAUGUCAGUUGCUGCAGAACUGGAUUUGGAAGAUGGAGAGAUGCCGAAACAAGACAAUUCCAAGUCUAAAUAGAGUCUGAGAUGUGAACAAAACAGGUGGUGUUUCUCUCCCAUUGGCCGGAAGAACCUAUGGGGGCACCAUCCAGGAGCCAGUCUGGCAGCUUCAGCUCUGAACUUGCUUUGAGGGAUGAAAAAUAAUUUAUUUGUUUUGCUACAAGUUGUUUCAGAUUUCAUAAAGGGAUAAUGCAGUCUGUGGCAGGAGGCAGGCCACUUCUGGGGCUUGGUUCUGGCAGUACCUGGGUGUCUACCCACUCCACUUUUCCUUUACAAGGGCCAACAAUGCUCCAAACCUGUCUCCCUCAGAGGGACACAAAACUGUCACAGAUGUGGAACAAUAAAAAGGUUAUGUUCCUAAA